GUAUAUAUAUAUAGAUGUUUAAAAGGUGUAGAAUGCUAAUUUAAUUUUGAAUUCAACUGAUAGCUGGAGAUAGAGGAGGAAAAAUGAUUAUAGAUUAAAUCAAUAGGCAUGACAAAGCAUGAUGAAGAAUUUCAGUUCUCAAAAUGUUUCCAUUCUGUAAAUGCUGGCAUUCCCGUCUGUAGAAGGUUUUGUGUCACACUUCAAAUGUAGCUCCCUCCCCGUCACCUCUUGAAAAAUGGGCUGGUCUUAAAGCUGAACUUACUUUGGAAACUCCCAUUACGCCACAAAGCUUUAAGUACUUAAACACAGCAGCUUGUCUCCUCAGAAAGACAAGACAAACUAUCAGAGAAAAGACACUGACAACAGGACUCUUGUUGACUUGUUAACUAGAAACAAAGACACCAUGGCUGUACAGCUCAUGUUUACUCAGGAUAACCGGGACCGGAUCCACGCUGUGGAGAACUCAUUUGGGCCAAAAGGGAAGCCCUUGUCCAAGCCGGGUCGGGUCUUGAUCGGAGAGGGCCGGCUGAUGAAGCUGAGCCGCCGGGGGCCGCAGCCUAAAGUCUUCUUCCUCUUCAACGAUGUGCUGGUGUACGGCAGCAUCAUUCUGAAGGGCCGUUGGAACAAAAAACAGAAGAUCAUUCCUCUAGAGGACAUCCAGCUGGAGGACUUGGAGGACAGCGUGACAAUGAAGAACCAAUGGUUGAUCCGCACACCACGCAAGUCCUUCUACGUGUCCGCCGUCUCAGACGAGGAGAAGCGAGCCUGGAUGGAACACAUCGAGGACUGGCAGUCCAGACUGGUGCAGAGCGGUGGCUGCAGGCCCGGCUCCACCUUCGCCGUCACCUGGAUCCCCGACCAUGCCUCUGCUGUCUGCAUGCGCUGCUCCGACAAGUUCACCGUGGCCCAGCGGCGACACCACUGCCGGAGAUGCGGUUUCGUGGUCUGCGGUGCGUGCUCCAAGAAGCGAGUGGUAAUCCAACACAUUCACCCGACUAAGCGGUUGAGGGUCUGUACCACGUGUCACUCGAGUCUUUCCACGACGGACGCAAAAACCCAAGAGAUGUCUCGUCAGAGGGGAGACAGCACAGAGAAGAUCGGCUCGGAUGAAGAUGAACUGGAGGGAUCCAGUGUGGAAGAGGAGGCAGAGGAGCAGAUGGAGGACCAUGACCCCAGCAGGUGGAUGGAGACCCAGAUGGGCUCCUGGUCCCCAUAUGUCUACCUUAAACCAGACCAUUUGAGGCCCCAAACAUGAAGCACACCAAGAGUGCUGCAGCCACUCAGAACGCACCUGGCGUUGGACUUUCUAUAACAUGGACACAACACUGAUGCAGCUUUGUGCAGUCAGUCAUGAACAUAACAAGACAAUAAUGUAUUAAGUUAAAUUAUUUUGUACAUACUUUAUUUAUUGACGUGAAUAAUUUGUCUGUUCACAUUGUGCUGUUUGUGGGAACACUGCUGCUGUGAAGUCCUUGAUUUGCUCUGAUAAUGUGGUCAGAGGAUUUGGAGUAGAACACUAAAGCUAGGCCUCACUCUGCCUUAGUCUGACUAGAUUUUAAUUUAAGACUACCUCCUAUGGAAAGGACAUCCUGGGCUUUCUAGUGAUGUCACACACAUGGGGAUGUGGCCAAAGAACACUUCUUCUGCAGCAGAUUGAAUUAAUUAAUUUAAACCCAUUGCAUUUAUAUUAUGUAAAUGUACUGUGCUGUGUAUUUUGUGGAAAAGAUUGACCCGAUGUCAACUACAAGUGUUAAGUUAUUUAAAAAUAACAUUUUUGAGAAAUAUUAUGUGUAUUAGUUUCUUACAUCACAAAAAUAUAUAUAUUAUUUUAUGAACCUUUUUCUUCCGGGUGUCAGGAGGAUAUGUCAGUGUUUGUGUACAUAUGAGCAUUUGGACUUAACAUGAGCCUCACAUUUGUCUUUGGAGUUAUGAAAAAUAAAGCACUAAAAGGAAAAUA